AUGAUUAAAUCAACUUUGACAAAAUGGCGGAUUACUCUGAAAUUAAAUUGAACGAGCUAGAGCAUAGCAAUCAUCUUGAAAUAAUUGCAGAAAGUAAAUCUGAACAGAAGAGAGAAGUGCCAGCCCAAGUGUGGAUGACUUUAUCUAUCGCUACUGGAGUUCUUCUAGCAUGAGCAAAUAUCUGUAUCCUGUAUAAUGCCAAGUAUAAAAUCAAAGCUGUUGGGAUGACUGCUUUUGGAGCAACUGUAGGUAAUUUCAUUCCUUUGGUAGUUAUAAUGUUUCGCGAAAGAUCUAACCAAAAGAACGACUCUUGAUCUUCUGCAAGAACACCAUGGUUUAAAUGGUUCUACGAUAUUUACUAUCUCCGUUCCAAAGACAAUGAAGGAAGAGUAAUCCCAAACAAGUGGGAGUCUUCUCUCCAUUACAGAAGAAUAGUUGGAACUGUUUUGAUAAUUCUAGCUCAUCUAAUCAACCAUGUGACAUUUAUCUUAGCUUAUCACUAUGCAGAAGUGGGAAACCUCAACAGCGGAGUUUUAUCUUCUCUCACAGUAACAAGAGUAUUCUUUACUUCUAUUCUUUUUUAUAUCCUAUUCAGACAAACCGUCAAGAACUACGAGCUCCUAGCAGAAAUAGUUAUGAUCGGAGCUGUACUUAUCAUCCUAUUUUCAGGAAAGGAUGAGCAGAGUGUGGAAGCAGAGGACUCUUCUGCAAAUGACAAAUCUGAGUCAUUCUAUGUGGGAUUAAGUUGAGGAAUUAUUAUCUUGUUUUCCUUCUCUCAUUCAGUGAGAGCAACUGUGCUGAAGUACUUCUUUGGAGAUGCUGAAGAGGUCAAUCCUUCAGCACUGUUUAACUUUGCUGUUACUUUUAUCGAGGUUUUGUUGAUUGGUUAUUUGGUGAUGCUUUACACACAAGGAUUUAGAUUUACUUUGUUCGAGCUAUUCAUCGGGACUCUUGGAGGAAUUUUCUAUAGUUUUGGAAGCUACCUUGCUGCAUAUGCAACUGUGAGAGGCAGAGCAGGUGUAGUAAAUUGACUGAUAGAAAUGAAGACUUUGUUCCAAACAGCAUUUGACUUGAUCUUGUUUGGAAGAUAUCCAAACAUGAUGCAGUACGCUGGAUUGGCCUUAGGAUUUGGAUCAGUAGUUUUUAUUUUGGUUUGAGCUCAUCUGAAAGAAAAAUCCAAGAAAUAGAAUUGAAUUUGAAGG